AUGUCGCUUGAUCUCGUCAGUACACUACCAUAUGAUUCCAUCACAUCAUUAGUUCGAAAAGCCGCUUACGGUCUUGUAACAACAUGUAUACUCGGUACUGCAGUGUACGCUGGAUAUCGUGUGGCUUCACCAGAGAAACACCUUAUAAGACGGCAUCGACACCCUGAACUCAAUGAUCAAAUUGAAAAAGUGCUGGACUCAUUGAAAAUCUCCGAUGAACAGUUGAUACAUAUGAUGCAUAUCUUAGAAGAAGAAAUGAACGCUGGCCUUUCUCCUGCAACGCAUAAAAAAGCCAGUGUGAAAAUGUUUCCAACAUAUGUCCGAAACAUUCCAAAUGGUACUGAAGUUGGUCAAGUUCUUGCACUUGAUUUGGGCGGAACGAAUUUUCGUGUACUUUUGAUCGAUUUACAUGGUAAUUCCAAGAUUGAACUAACAUCAAAGAUUUUCGUUAUUCCGCAAUCCAUUAUGAUCGGAGAUGGCAAACAUUUAUUCCGACAUCUGGCUGAAUGUUUAGAAGAAUUUAUGGAAAAAGAAAAUAUAUUAAACUCAGGCACCUGUUAUCCAUUAGGUUUCACCUUUUCAUUCCCAUGUCAACAGGAAAGUUUAGCGUCUGCUCGAUUAACAGCAUGGACGAAAGGUUUUAGUUGUUCGGGCGUUGUUAAUGAAGAUGUGGUGAAACUUUUACAAGAAGCAAUCAAUGAAAAGGGUAUCAAUGCGAAAUGUGUGUCCUUAGUCAAUGAUACUGUUGGAACACUAAUGGCAUGUGCAUAUAAAGAUCCAUCGACCGCAAUCGGUCUUAUAUUAGGCACAGGAACAAACGCAUGUUAUAUCGAAAGCUUAGAUAGAGUAGGAACAUGGGACGGUGACUAUAACGAACCGAAACAAGUGAUUAUCAAUACGGAAUGGGGUGCUUUUGGUGAUAAUGGUCGUUUAAAACACCUCCGAACAAAGUAUGACGAAGAAGUUGAUAUUUCAUCAAUUAAUCCUGGCAAACAGAUUUUCGAAAAAAUGAUCUCAGGAAUGUACAUGGGCGAAAUCGUGCGACUGAUUAUUUUAGAUCUAUUGCAACACGAAUUACUUUUCCUCGGUCAUCGAGAUACCUACAGUGAUUAUAAGGCUGCACUCUACAAUCGCGGUGGUUUCUAUACUAAAUUUGUAUCCACUGUGGAAACCGAUGAAGGUAUUAAAUUUUCAAAUACACGACGAGUGCUCGAAGAUAUUGGCAUUCAAAAUCCCACAUAUGAUGAUUGUGCUAUCGUUCAACAUAUCUGUCGACAAGUAUCAAAACGAGCUGCACGAUUAGCUGGUGCUGGCUUAGCGGUAUUGAUUAAUCGUAUUGGUAAAAGCAAUAUUACCGCCGGUGUCGACGGAUCACUCUAUCGAUUCCAUCCACGAUUCAAACGUAAUAUGGAACGAUGUAUGGAAUCAUUAGUGAACAAAGACAUCAAGUUCAAAUUGACACUAUCCGAUGAUGGUAAAUGUGUUCUCUAUUUCCUAACAAAUCCUACAAUCUAUUUCUACUUUAUAGGCAGUGGCAAAGGUGCUGCAAUGGUAGCGUGUGUUGCUGAACGAAUUUUUGAGCAUGAUAAAGAAACAGCUGAUUAUGAAACAUUAACCAAAAGUCUGAUAAACUGA